UCCUCCUCCAUGGAUAUACAAUUUGUGUUGGGCUGCUAACUCGCCUGUGUUUAGCGCUAGUCGAGUGACAGUUAACGAUGCCUAACUUUUCUCUGUUCUUUCCUGCCCCUGGAGACGUACUACGUUCUAUAUAAAGCCAUCCCUGCAUUGCAGAUUUUGGCCAGGAAGAAGUAGCGACUUGCAUUGGGCCAUCCAAAACUAGCUAGUGGCUGCUGCACACAGCGCACACACCUGAGCUAGCUGCUAGCCAUUUGUGUGCGACUGUGCGUAGCACAUCGGCACUUGAAAGUUGUUCGUUGCAAACAUGACCAUGUCACGGCUCAUCCUCGCCGCCGUUGUCGUCGUGGCCAGCGCGUGCGCCACCGCUCCCCGCGCGCUCGCGGCGCGCGAGCUCGCCGCCGGGGAGGAUGACGCCGCCGCGAUGGCGCUGCGGCACGAGGAGUGGAUGGCGGAGCACGGGCGCGCGUACAAGGACGAGGCGGAGAAGGCGCGGCGGCUGGAGAUAUUCCGGGCCAACGCGAGGCUGAUCGACUCGUUCAACGCCGCCGCGGGGGAGCGCGGUCACCGGCUGGCCACGAACAGGUUCACCGACCUCACCGACGAGGAGUUCCGCGCCGCCAGGACCGGGUACCGGCGGCCGGCGCCGGCGGCCGGGAGCCGCGCCGGCCGGUUCAGGUACGAGAACGUCAGCCUGGCGGACGCGCCGGCGAGCGUGGACUGGCGGGCGAUGGGCGCCGUCACCGGCGUCAAGGACCAAGGAGAUUGUGGCUGUUGCUGGGCGUUCUCGGCGGUGGCGGCGGUGGAAGGGCUGAACAAGAUCCGGACGGGGCGGCUGGUGUCGCUGUCGGAGCAGGAGCUGGUGGACUGCGACGUCUACGGCGAGGACCAGGGCUGCGAGGGCGGCCUCAUGGACGACGCCUUCCAGUUCAUCGCGCGCCGCGGCGGCCUGGCCUCGGAGUCGGGGUACCCGUACGACGGCGAGGACGGGUCGUGCCGCUCGUCCGGCGCCGCCGCGGCGCGGGCCGCGUCCAUCCGGGGCCACGAGGACGUGCCGCGCAACAACGAGGCGGCGCUCGCGGCGGCCGUGGCGCACCAGCCGGUGUCCGUGGCCAUCAACGGCGCGGACCCCGCGUUCCGGUUCUACGCCGGCGGCGUGCUGGGCGGCGGCGACUGCGACACCGAGCUGAACCACGCCGUCACGGCCGUCGGCUACGGCACGGCCGGCGACGGCACCCGGUACUGGGUGAUGAAGAACUCGUGGGGCGCGUCGUGGGGCGAGGGCGGCUACGUCCGCAUCCGCCGCGGCGUCCGCGGCGAGGGCGUCUGCGGCCUCGCCAAGCUGCCGUCCUACCCCGUCUAGCUUGCGCGCCGCCGUGACGGGUGGUGCUGCUCUGUCGGAUCUAAGCGAUGCACGGCUGGUGGCGUCCGUUGGUUCGGGUGCUCGUAGCACGAAGGCCGCGCACGAAACGUCAGACGUGCAUGGCAGUUUCGACUAGUUUGCUAGUCUUAAGUUAAUGUCGUCCUAAUUAAGACGUGCGUGCGUGCGUGUCUCUAAGCUACAGUAUGGCAUGAUGUGUGUAGAUCACGACUCAGCACUGCAAUUGUGCAAAGCCAUUACUCCUGCAGCAGUAGGAAUGGUCGGGGUUGUACCUUACCUGGGGGCGACACGCGUACUGUACUGUGCAGAUUGGCUCUCAGACCAGUUAAAUGUAUACAGGAAAUCAGGAAUACAUGUAAAACGGUGUAUAGUUUGAAGUAAUACUUUGGGACCA